UAAACCUGCAACUCUUGUUUAACAUUCACCUCUGUUAGUUCAUCUUCAUCUUUUAAAAAAAUAAUAAUUUGGGGAGAUUUCUUUUCAUAGCCCCGAUGUCUGAAGAAGUUACUUAUGCAGAUCUAAAUUUUCAGGACUCCAGUAAAAGGAAAAGUAUUCAGGAGUCUGGCACAGUUGGGAUAAAAGCACCUCCUGCUACUUCCCAUUUAUGGCAUCAGAGAGCCUUGGCUUUGACUCUUCUAUGCCUUCUGCUGCUGAUUGGACUAGGAGUCUUAGGAAGCAUAUUUUACAUAACUUUGAAGAAAGAAAUGAGAAAAAUGAAUAAACUACAAAAUUUCAAAGAAGAACUUCAGAGAAAUCUUUCACUACAACUGAUGCAGAACAUGAAUAGUUCCAAGGUGAUCAGGGACCUAUCUUUCACUCUGCAAGAAAUAGCCACCAAAUUAUGUCAAGAGCUCUACAAAAGACAACCAGAGCACCAAUGUAAACCUUGUCCAAGGACAUGGAUAUGGCAUGAAGACAACUGUUACCUAGUAAUUAAGAACUAUGUAUCAUGGCAAGAGAGUGCCAUGUUCUGCUCUGCUCAAAAUGCCAGCCUGUUGAUGAUUAAGAACAAACGUGUAUUGGAAUUUGUAGAAUCCAAGAGGUUCCGUAACUACUGGCUGGGAUUAUCUCCCAGAGAAGAUUAUGCAGAUUACAAAACAUUGGAUGAGAUAAUGUCCUCCUCCGACUGGUUUAUACGAAAUGCAGAUGAUGUAGGUGAUAGGAUGGCUUGUGGAUAUUUAGACACACCAUAUGUUUAUUAUGCAUCCUGCACUAACAUAAAGAAUACUAUAUGUGAGAAGCUGGCUAACCCAGUGAAGAUUGAGAACACACUAAUGAGUGAAAUACCAGAUAGAAAAUAUAAUUAGUGCAAGUAGGUUGCUAUGAUUCUGCGAUCUAGGCAACUGUAUGGAGCAUACAUCUUGGGGACCACACAAAUGGAAUAGAGAUGCUAGGAGGUUAAAUCUUUGCCUCUCUCCUAACCAUGUACAUUUUUCAACCUUCUUUCUCCUCAUGUACUAUGUAAAAGGAGCCUACAGUAAUGCCUUAUCGUUUAGAUUCAGGCCAGAUACUGUUGGGCAGAAAUUCAGUGUGUUGGAUGAACCUACAGAAAACUGAAGCUCACGUUUCCUGCUUUUCCAGAAAUAAACAAGGCAAAUACCCACCUUAUAGAACGUCAGGGAAAAUGAAAUCUAGAAAUUAAUUGUAUAGAUAGGAUAAUACAUCACGACCAACUGGGAUUCAUUCUGGUAAUACCGUGGUAGGGACUCCUCCCUAAGGAGAGAGAAAAAAAGGGAGAGAAAACUUCAAGGUUACUGGGCUAUGUGCCUACAUGACAACAUCCCUCAUGACCUUGGAACCUGAGACUACUUCAUCAGACUACGAGUUUGUGUGUUACCAUAUAUGGGAGACAAAGAUAUAGAAAAUGUAUAAAAAACUAUGCCACAUGAGUUUGGUGCUCAGUCCUUCUGGUACAAACCCAAAUGAGUGGUGCUGGCACGAAUAAAGUUGCUUCGUGGAAGUUAAAAA